UUUUAGCCCUAACUCGAUAGUUUCGCAUCUUACGAAGUAUUAACCAUUUCUAAAGAGAUAGAAUCUUAUAACUAUCACAAUGCCGAUUUAUAUUCACGUUAUCCGUCACGCGCAGGGUUUACACAAUGCUCUUAAUACCAAAGGUGGUUGGCAGUAUAAAGAUCCGUACCUAACAAGUUUGGGGCUUCAGCAAUGUGCUGACGUCCAACGUGACUUCCCUUUCAAGCCUCAAGCUAUCAUCGCUUCUCCUAUGAAGCGCGCAAUUGAAACUUCCAUUUUAUGUUUCUCGGGUUUCGUAGCAGAAGGUCUCCCGAUAGCGCUAUUGCCAACGCUUCAAGAAGCUGGAAAUUCGCCAUGUAAUGUCGGGUCGCCUCUCUCAGAGUUGGUGGAGGAAUUUAAAAAGGCCAUUGACCCUGAUAUGCAUAAUGUGGCUGAGGACUGGUGUAAGGGUAAAGGGAUUGAAGAUGAUGGGCAGCUUAAAGAACGUGCUCGCUUGGCUAGAAUUGCCAUCCGAGCAAAAGGUUUAAACCUUGAAGGCUACGCCAAAGAUAUCCACAUAUGUGUUACCAGUCACGGUGAUUUUAUCCCGUAUCUAGUUAAUGAUUUAAACGCUGGUAUGUUUAAUAAUGCUGAGUGGAGAUCUUACGAGUUUUCGGAUCCAACGUAUCAAAGCAAUCAAGCUCAAUUGAAGGAAACCGAAUGGAGCAAAACCCGUCGGUCGUCGCAGCCUACCCUAGGUGCUAAACUUCCUCCAGCUCUGAUUAGUCUACAACGAAGACUAUACCAGGAUUUUGUUGCUCGACAAAAGAAGGCCACUGAAUCGGGCAGUCUUUCGGAGGUCCUUCGUAUUCCUACAGCUCCAAGCUUCCCAUUUCUCUUGCGCCCAUAG